GCCUGAGAGGAGGGAUUCCCCACGGAUCGCGGGAGAGUCUAUGGCAGUGAAGGAGGGGCUAGCUGCGGGAGUAGGAGCUUCGCAGUGCAUGCCGGGACCACCGCCCUUUGGGCGGAGCCAAACUCGAGAUCCAAGCGCGGGAUCGAGGAAAGUACGGGUCCCGAGUGGUUGUCGGCGCUUUGGAAGUUCAGCGAAGUGUGGUGGCUUCAGAGGUACAUACCGGUGGCGUGAGCUGGGCUUCUAUUUAAGCCUUCUCUUCUUUAAAUUCGAUUUCCACACGAGGGGCCGCAGCCGUCCAGUCCCCACCCCGUGGUUCCACACGUAGGGCGGAGGCGGAGGCCGCCUUUUGGGGAUCACGUUGGUGGGCCCCGCUGACCACCGCUUACCCGCUCGGACCUGGUGGGACCCUUCAGAAGCUCAGUUUCCACAUCUGUAAAACAGUGUCGCAGUAGUACCCACCUUAAAGCGUGUAAGGGCUUAAAUGAGAAGUCUCCGCCCGGAAUACCUAGCAGAGAGCCUGUAGGAGUGCAAAAAUAAAAGGCCCUUAAUAUUGCUAGUAGACUAGAGGGAAGUGAAAAAGCAUCUAAAGAUGAAGGCGUUUCAGACCAUCUGCCGGCAGCUCAGAAGUUCAAAGGGGUUUUCUGUAGAACCAAGGACCCGUGUGGAUUUCUCCACUUCCUCUUAUUCCUGUAGCCGGAAGAAAAAAGUGAACCCUUAUGAAGAAGUGGACCAAGGAAGGUAUUCUGAUUUAGUACAGUCUGUCUUGUCAUCCAGAGGCCUUGCUCAGACUCCAGAAUCAUUGUUCGAGGAGGAUAAUUUACUGUAUGGACCUGUGAGUAAGUGUAAGCCCCCAAAGCAAGAUGAGGCGGCAAAAGUUCCAGGAAACUGGUGUCCUCUCUUCAAUCCAGAGAAAAGCAUGAAACCAAAUGCAACAAGUACUCCUACAAUUCCUUUGAGAAUCCCUUUGCAAAGAAACACGAUUCCAAGUGUGACCAAGGUCCUUCAACAGACCAUGACAUCAGAACAGAUUUUCUACUUGGAGAGGUGGAAACAGCGGAUGAUUCUGGAAUUGGGAGAAGAUGGCUUUGCAGAAUAUUCUUCAAACAUAUUUUUACAAGGGAAACGGUUCCAUAAAGCCUUGGAAAGCAUACUUUCACCCCAAGGAGACUUGAAAGAGAGAGACGAGAAUCUUGAAUCUGGAUAUGUCGAAAGUGUCCAGCAUAUUCUGAAAGAUGUCAGUGGAGUGCGAGCUCUUGAAAGUGCUGUUCAACAUGAGACCUUAAAGUAUGUAGGUCUGCUGGACUGUGUGGCUGAGUAUCAGGGCAAGCUGUGUGUGAUUGAUUGGAAAACAUCAGAGAAACCAAAACCUUAUAUCCGAAAUACAUUUGACAACCCGCUGCAGGUUGUGGCCUACGUUGGUGCCAUAAAUAAUGAUGCCAACUACAGCUUUCAGGUUCAGUGUGGCUUAAUUGUGGUUGCCUACAAGGAUGGAUCCCCUGCUCACCCCCAUUUCAUGGACACUGAGCUCUGUUCCCAGUACUGGGCCAAGUGGCUUCUUCGACUAGAAGAAUAUACGAAGAAGGAAAAGAACCAGAAUAUUCAGAAACCAGAUUAGAGGACAGGACACUGUUUGGGAACAUUCAGUAGUUCCUCACAGUUUGGGAAGAUAUAUUGUUAUUUACUGUAGAGAUGUGACAGGAUCUAAGAGCUUCAUUACACAAGUGGAAGUAUUUGUUGAAAUGUAGUACAGCCAAAAAGAUUGAAAAGCCAGAAGAGUUUAGAUUUUAAAGGUUGGACUUGAGCAUAUGAAAAAAAAGUACAAGGAAGUAAGGUCUGUCACUUACCUGGAAAAGGGCAAGCAGGACUCACACAGCAUUGGUGUCCCUUGGACUCCCCAGCAAACUUUCUGUUAUCCCAAGGAGGAUGCCCAGUCAUUGAAUUGAGAUUGGAGAGGGUGAGGCUUGGUGUGCAAGAAGUUCCCUCAGGGUACCCUGGGAGGGAAGGGGCCACACGCCCCCAGGCUAUGUGUGGGGUGGGGGAACUUGCAUCAGCCAACUCCUACUGCCAGUGCAGCCUCCUAAAACUGGUUUUAUAUAUUGAAGUUUUCUUUCUUUUUUUUUAAUUUAUUUUUAAGACAGAGACAGAGCAUGAGCAGGGAAGGGGCAGAGAGAGGGAGACACAGAAUCUGAAGCAGGUUCCAGGCUCUGAGCUGUCAGCACAGAGCCUGACACAGGACUCAAACCCACGAACCAUGAGAUCAUGACCUGAGCCAAAGUCGGACGCUCAACUGACUGAGCCACCCAGGCGCCCCUGAAGUUUUCUAUAUAUUUCAUUUGGGGAAAAAAAAGCUUCCUUUUAACUUUUUUGGAAAAUAAAUAUGUGAGUCCUUAGCCUCAAAUAAGCAUUGCUCUCUGGGAAGAUGGAGCAUCAUUGCCAGGCCCCCCUAGCAUACACUAAAUAACUCCCACAGGUAUCCAGACCCCAGUCUGAGAUGCGUAACUAUAGAUAUUUUAGUAGCUUUAUUCUGGUUUGAGUCAGUGAACCAUGUGCACAGAGAAAAAGUAUCAUUUGUGAGAUUUUUCAGCUAGGGAGAACAAUAAUCUAAUUUUUCUGUGUUUGAUAAGUAAUAAAAAUUAUUAGUUGUCACUGGGAUCAGGAAACUUGAAUAAAUGGCCAGUGUAGCUUUGGGGGAAGGUUCCCUGUUUUAUGGGAUGGGUUAGCAUUUAAGUGACAGCUGUGGUCUUAAAAUAAUAGGGUGCUAGAAUCACUUUUUUCUUAGCUAUUAAUUGUAAGAAAUAAAAUACAAGAUGUGAGUAAAGUAA